UGCUUCCGAGUGCUUCGACGAUGUUUAACGGUGGCGUGCUCCUGUGGUUCCUCCUACUAGCACCGGUGCUCUUCCGGGGGCCAUCGCUCGUCGCCCUGGCGCAGCACAAUCAGGCGGACGAAACGUGCGAAACGCUUCCGUCGGAGAUUCAUCUUAUCAAAGAGGAAUACGAUGAGCUGGGGCGGCUGUACCGGACGUGCAAUGGCGAUGUGACGGUGAACAAGUGCGAGGGCAAGUGCAACAGCCAGGUGCAGCCGUCCGUCAUCACCGCGACCGGGUUCCUGAAGGAGUGCUACUGCUGCCGGGAGUCGUUCCUGCGCGAGCGGCAACUGCAGCUGACCCACUGCUACGAUCCGGACGGUGUGCGGAUGACCGACCACGAGUCCGCCACGAUGGAGAUCCGCCUGAAGGAACCGGUCGACUGCAAGUGCUUCAAGUGUGGAGAAAUGGUCCGCUAACGGCACCGGUGAGAGAAAGUAGUGGAAAAACGAUUGUAGCCCUUCAGAUUGACCACCAUCGGCCAUCGACGAAAACGUGGCCGCCAUGCUUGUGCCAUUCCUCUUCACGUCGCGCACCGCCGUAGCGAAG